AACCUGUGAUUUUAGGUCAGUUGACUAAUUUCUUCUAUUGCAAGUGUUAGAAUAAGAGGUAAUUACGAGAGGGUAUAGAAGAAAGAUGAUGUUGCCUAAGAUCUCUGAGGAAAAGAACCUUAAAGAUGAAAGAAUCCAAGACUUUUGCGCGUCGAUGAAAAUCGAAAAUUACAGUGAAUCAAAGAAGAAACUCGAUGUUCGCUCGAUUUACGCGACAGAAAACGAAUCCAGACAAUCAAAAGAAGUUAAACCUGGAAAAAAUCGUAGUGUGAGCGCAAACAUAUCGAAGUCUUCUUCGAACUCGAGUCGUGACCGUUUGGGAUUUUCGAGGUCUCAUUUGUUUUCGGCUAAGACGUCGAAAAGAACCAAAUAUAAAACUCCGAAGGAAUUAGAAGAAACGAUAGACUUGACCAGUAUUGACGAUGCAAAGAAGCUUACACGAAGGUAUUACCAGGAAUUAGGAAUUUGCAGUGACGGUAGAUGGAGCAAAGACAUUGAAUCGCAUCUCCUAAAGUUUGAAGAUGCUGACUUAAGUUUCCCAAAUCUGCGGAACAAAGAAGAACUGUUUGAAAGAGCCAACAAAUACGCAAUUGAAAAACAGUCACUCCUUCGACAAAAGUCGACUUUUGAGGAAGACACGACGCUGAAACACACAUCAAGACCUCGUGGGAAAGAGAACAGUGCGCGGGUCAAGACCAAAACGCAUCCUAAACUUGGGAUUCAACAAAUGACGAAUGGUUUUGAUGAAAUAUUUUACUCCAAGCCAGUUUGUUGGGGGAGCAUUAGUAAUCAGAAAUCCUAUUUGAUUUCUUCACACUUUUCUCAGCGUACAAACCGCCUUCCCAGCUUAAAUACGCGCGCAGUGCCACCGAAGUACGGAUCGACAAGCUGGCUUAAUUCUGGCCGUACUGGGUACACGAACAUGCACUAGUUAUAUGGCUUGGAAAAUGACGAAAAAGAUAUAGACGCCUGCACACUAUAAACAUGCCUUUUGCCUUUGUAUAUAUACUUUUUACGUUGUAUAUAUUUGCAUUUUACCGUCGUCUAUAUACCUUUUGUCCUCGUAUACAUUAUAUGCUUUUUGCAGUUGUAUAUAUACUUUUUAGUCUUCAAUAACCAUUGUAAGAUUUAGGCUUUUUAACGCUUUAACUUUUUCUUCAGAUUCCUCGUACUGUCCAAAAAAAGAUGGUUCAAUAAAAGGUCAUUAAACAAA